AUGAACUCCUAUGAGUCUCAGGCCAGACUGUUCAAUAAAGAAAGAAAUAUGUUGAAGUGUUCUGAUCCAACCAAAAAUAAGGGUUAUCCGUUUGAUUGUGCUUCAGAAAAACUUAAGCUGAAUGGACCCACGGUGCAUGAAACAAUAGCUCAGUAUGGGCAGAUGUCGUGGUUCAAAUUUGAUGAUGAGGUUGAAAUUGAGUCGCGAGCAGAUAGUAUCGUAUGCGGAGUUGUCCAGGGAUGGUUAUUGGGAACGUGGAGAGUAAAUUCCACAGCAGAAAAUUUGAAAAAUGGGUAUAGUUCGAUAACGGAUACUGGGGAAGUAGAAUCAGCCCGUUGGGCCCGGACCGGAUAA